UAAUGAGGAAACACUUUCAUAACAUGGCGUUGGGACAAAACACAGAUUGUAUUUAAUUAAUGGAUGUGUGACAUCGACAUUGUUCAUCUACAGGAAGCGCCGGCAGGGGAGACAAACUGUAGUACGACCUGGUUUCAGUGGUAGUUUGUACAUAUACAUUAAACGGAGUCGAAGAUGGCCUCUGCUCUGGCUAACAGAGCAAUGGGAGCCAUUGUUGGAUCAGCUGUUGCAGAUGCAGCAGCGCAGCCCCUCCACUGGGUGUAUGACCUCCAGAAGCUGCAGGGGAUUCUGGCUCAGGAUCCAAACCCCGAGUUCCGCUCUGAGUCCGCCAACCCGUUCUACAGGAGGCAGACGGGCCAGCAGAGCUGCUAUGGAGACCAGGCGUAUGUUCUGCUGGAGUCCCUGUCUGAAUGUGGAGGUCUAAAUGUGGAGGAUCUGAAGCAGCGCACGCUGAAAUUCUUCGGUCCUGGAUCAGAGUAUGACACGCCUAUCAACGAUCCUUACAGAGAGAGAGGAGGGCCAAGACCGCAGCUGCCCAUCGAGGGACCAUGGAGACAUGCAUGUUUAAAGGGCUUCCUGAAGAAUGUGGACGCAGGCAAAGAGGAGACAGGAUGUGAGAACGACUGUCAGAUCGAUGGAAUAGCCAAACUGGCUCCUGUAGUGGCUUUUUAUGCAGGAAAGCCUGACAUGCUGGAGAAGGUUGAGCAGGCCACUCGUGUCACCCAGAACAACGACGCAUGUGUGGCAGAAACUCUGGCAGCAGCAAGGUUCCUGGAGCAUUUCAUCCUGAAUGGUCCUGACCCUAAAGCCUUGGACGCAGUGCUCGAUCAGCUCAGUGACAACAACAGAAAACAGCCGCAGGACCUGGACAAAGCAGUCGUCGGGCACAUUCACCAAGUAAAGGAGAAUCUCUCCAGGACUCCUCGGGAGCUAAUCCCCACUGUGUUUCCAAACACCUGAGGUUUGCCAGGUGCGUUCCAAGCAGCGCUGCAUGGAGUCCUGACAGCAAAGCAGUAUGAGCAGGCUGUCAGAGAUACCAUGAGCUGCGGGGGAUGCACCUGCAGUCGAGGAUCCUUCAUUGGGGCAUGUCUUGGGGCACAGACUGGACUGGAGGGGAUUCCAUCUUCCUGGAUGACCAAAACCCUGCGAUACGACUCAGUGUUGGCACAUGCCAAGAAGAUAACCAAACACCACCAAUAGUUUCCUGGCAGUGAGUGUGUUUACUAUCUAAGGUGGCUAAGAGCAUCAUGAAAAGCUGUUGAGCUUUCACAGAACAAUGAAUGAAGGUUCUUGUCUAAACUGUCGAACGGCAGGAGCCAGAUGUUUUUGUCUCUGUUGAAGUUAAACAUGUUGGUUCAGAUGUACUGGCACAAGUUUAUCUACAAUAAAGUAAUUCUAAAAAUA